AUGGUCGCGGCUCCUCUUCCACAUCACAUGUUUGGGGCUGCGCGCCAUGGUCGCUGUGUCUCCACCGCGGCUCACCGCGGCUCCUCUCCUGCGGACUCGCUGCCGCUCGUCUCCCCGUGGCCGCUGCUACUCGCGGCCAGGCGUUACUCCGUGCACCCUGCAGCUUCCAUACCGGGAACGGGACUUCUAUCUGCCUGCCGUUGUCUGCUGCCGCUGUCCACCCGUCUCCCUGCCUCCACUCACGCUGAUGCGCCCCUCUCCUUCCCGAGUGGGGGCAGGCGUUUAGGGGUGGUUCCUGAGGGAGGGGGGCGGCCUGGGUGUCAUUCACAGCUGCUGGGGCAACGUGGAGCUGGCUCCAUCCUGAAGCGGGAGAAGCGUCUGAGGAACCGGCGUGUGCAGUUUGAGAAUGUGACGGUGUACUACUUUAGCCGGCGCCAGGGCUUCACCAGCGUGCCCAGCCAGGGGGGCAGCACUCUGGGCAUGUCCAGCCGCCACAGCUGGAUCCGACAGUACUCUCUGGGAGAGUUCGCCCUGGAGCAGGAGAGGAUCCACAGAGACAUGCUGCGGGACCAUCUCAAAGAGGAGAAACUCAACUCCGUCAAACUCAAGCUGACCAAGAAUGGCACGGUGGAGUCGGAAGAGGCCAACUCUCUGACCGCGGAGGACAUUUCAGACGACGACAUUGACCUGGACAACACAGAGGUGGACGAGUACUUCUUUCUGCAGCCGCUGACCACAAAGAAGCGUCGCACCCUCCUGCGCUCCUCAGGGGUCAAGAAGAUUGACGUGGAGGAGAAGCACGAGCUGCGGGCCAUCCGGGUGUCACGGGAGGACUGCGGCUGUGACUGCCGCCUCUUCUGUGACCCCGAGACCUGCGCCUGCAGCCUCGCAGGGAUCAAGUGCCAGGUGGACCGCAUGUCCUUCCCCUGUGGCUGCUCCAAGGAGGGCUGCAGUAACUCCACCGGCCGCGUGGAGUUCAACCCCAUCCGCGUGCGCACCCACUUCCUGCACACCAUCAUGAAGCUGGAGCUGGAGAAGAGCCGCGAACAGCAGCAGCUGGCCACGCCCCUUAACGGUUUCCACGGCGACGCCAGCAACAACAACAACGGCCUCCAGCACAGGUUAGAGUAUUCACUAAACGACGCGGUCCCGCCUCCCGUCACCAUGCAUAUGCAGACGGACGACGAGGCCAUCGACGAAGAUGACGAGGACGAGGACGAAGACGAAGAGGACGAGGAAGAGGAGAACGACGGCGAGGAAAGCAGCAGCGUGUGCAGCGGCCUGUCCGACUCCAGCACACAGAGUUUGGCCAACAGCGACUCCGAGGAAGACGACGAGGACAAAAGCGAAAACUUUGAGCAAGACCAAACCACGGCUGUUCCGCUGACUUCUGUUCUGUGCUACAGUGACGACAACCACGUGAACGGGAAUUCUUAUUUAAUAAACUCUUCCAACGAGUACUAUCAGCUCGCGAAUGUUAUCCCGAACGGGCAAAGUAGCACUCAAGUUAGCAAACCUUACGCUGAAGCCUUCGCGGAGCAAGCUAGCAACGCGACGCAAUUCAACAUGGCCGCCGAACAGUACAAGGACUUCACGAAUCAGACGGAAAAGUAUUCGGCCAAUCAGUGUUACGGUCUAACUAACGGGACUCACGCAACGGAGCUAAAGAAAUUCACGUCAGAUCAAGAAAAGGAAUUAAAGAACGGUUUUGUUGAGCAGACGGAGAACGAGAAGAAUAAUUUCUACCUUAAUAAUAACAGCCAGGGUUACGGCUCGACUUGUUCAGCCUCAGAGCAGAAAGAGUGUAACAUGAACGGCCAUUCAGAUCUAACUCUGCUCGUGAAUGGCCCCCCAAGCCUCCCGCUGCCGGAGCAAUGUCCAGAAGUCACAGCCAUUUAG